UGUGAGUCAUUGAGUCUUUUGUUCGCCUCCGUGGCGGUUGGAUGUGGUUCUUGUAACUACGCAUAAUUUUUUGAUCGUGGGGACUGCGUACGCGCUGUCCCUGUUUUUCUUUUUACAUCAUACUACUGGGAAAUGGCGUAUGGACAUUGCUGUAUGCAAUCCGAAGCCAUAUAACGAACUGAACUGAACUGUGUAAGUCAUUACGUAGACGUGCUCCGCAGGCAGAGCAGUGGCUCUCAUUCUUCUUGAGUCGGGAUGCGUUCCGAAAGUUACAAAGAAACGGGCACAAACUAUUAUGUGCGCGAGUGUACGUCACACAGCUGACAUAUUUCUACACAUAUCCCACGAUACAUGUCAAUGCUGUCGACCGAGGAAUUGAACACAACACGUAAAACGGUACGUAAUUGUAUAUUUAGGGGAAGAUAGAACGAGUGUGCGUAAGAAUAAGUUCUGUACAAUCAUUCGCAUAACCUCUUGAUGUCAUUAACGACAUUUAAUUAGCAUCGAAUGAACUUCAGAAUCGCAUGCUUCUGAGCCCGUCAUCGUCUUUCCUGUGAAAGAUGUCGUUAACAUUUCAACAGAUUAUUUUGGAUGCCAAGAAAUUGGUUAUUCGAAUUUCAGAUCAUGAGAAUACAGCAGAUACUCUGAUAAGUGAAGUAGAAGCUGUUUGUGGACAAAUUGAUAAUAUGAAACAGUACCAAGAAGAAAUAGAAAUUUUAAAUACUGAAGCUAAGCAAAAGCCACAUCUGCAAUUAAUCGCUGGAAUCCAAAGAGAAAAUAGACAUUUGCGAGAAAUACAGGCAGAAAAUAAGGAGUUGAGAAAUGCACUGGAGGAUCAUCAAAACGCGCUUGAACUUAUAAUGUCUAAAUAUCGACAGCAAACUGCCUCUUUAUUACGUCUUAGUAAAACUGACUUUUCGUCAUUGCACAACUCAAAGUAUGCCAAUAUUAUAACCAGUCAAGCAGAAAAAAUUAAUGAAAUGGCAGCCGUAAUGAAAACAGCUGCUGCUCUAGAUGAGGAAAAUGAAUUGAAGGAGAAAGAAGCACUUCAAUCUUUGAAGGAAGAGAAUGCUGUGCUUCGUGAAAUAGUCAAUAUUGCAAAUAAGUAUGGUUCUAUAAGCAAAGAAUGUUCAGUAGAAAGCAAAAUCGUUCAAACAGAUCCGUCGAUAGAUUAAAAAAAUUUGCUAGAGUUCUCCUUUUUAUAAAAGUUGACCAGUAUUUAUUUCAUAUACAAGUUCAUGACAUAUAUACACGACACACACGCACACACAUUAUAAAAAAUAAUAAUAUUAAAUAGAAUAUGUUACUUAUAGGCAUGAAGU